AUGUCGAUCACCUCUUCCGAUCAAACCCGAGACGUCAAGAAAUGGCCCCAGGUCGAUCUACUCUGCUCCCCACUGAUCUGUGCAUUACCAGCCGACGAGCUCGAUGACGACAACACGAACACCUUCAACUAUCAAGUCGACGAUCAUGCGAUGCACGUAGGGACCUUGUACUUCCACCAGGACAGCCGUGACACCCCCAAGCUUCCCGCUCUCGACGUUGAGGACUUUCAUCUGACUCACCUAAACCACCCGAUGGUCAUCCGCGACACUGAGAACUCCAUUGAGAAAGUCGGCCAGGAUGUUUACGUGCGCUUCCUCUUCUCUGAUGACCGCGAACGGGCUAUCAGAGGGACCGCCACCGAUGCACCUCUCGUCGUCCUCUAUACCUCGAUCUCCAAUGUCACUCAUGUUCCCGAGUACCGCGAUGCGUACACCAUCGAAGGGAAGCAAUUCCAAGGCAUGGACAUAUUAGACUGGGAUGUGGUUUCGUUCAUGGCGGCAUACAAAAGGGACGAGUCCGAGACAGUCCAGGAAGUCUACCGAACAAUUUACCGAGAGCUUAGAGCCCUUAGGGUUUAUGCGUUCUAG